AUGGCAACGGCACUUCCGGAACUGGAGGGAGGUGAGCCGCGCGGGCUCCGUCGCAGCUGUGAGGCGGCAGUGCCGGAUGCUGGGCGUGAGCCGCAACUGGGUGAAGUGAAGCUUUGCUCCGAGCCGGGGGCGCCGCACGGGGCCGUGUUGCGAGGCACGCUAGCGGGUCUUGCAUCAAAUGGAUCGUCAGAGAGUGUGCCGCACGCAGCCUCGCCUAAUGCCGGCGUUGAACCCCCAAAGCGGCUCUGCUCUGGCCCCACGCGGGCGGCGGUGGACGCAAUUAUGGCAGAGGAGUGUCGCGAGUGGGUUGCAAAAGUCGUUGGCGAGGCGUACAACGCCGAGGUGCUGCGCGCGGCGAAUUUUGUAGACGCACUGCGCAGCGGCGUGGUGCUGCACGUGCUGCUGCAGAAACUACGCGACCCGCCUGUGCCCGAAGAGGCCCUGCAUGUGCCGAAGCGGGCCACAGGGUUCUACGCCCGCGACAACGUCGUCACCUUCCUGGCGAAGGCGGCCGCCGCCUACCAGCUUGUGGAGGCGCAGCUGUUCACAGACUCGGACCUCUGCGACGGGAAGAAUGAUCGAGCCGUCGUGACGUGUCUCCUCGCAAUCGCUCGCAUAGCCUACACGCGUGGAAGCACGAAACUCGCCCCGGCGGUGGUCAUCUACGAGCAGGAGAUUGACGCCAGGUGGAGGAAUGUCUCACAACAGCAGCUCGAUGACCUGCUGCGCGAGGCGGAGGAGGAGGAAGUGGAGGCGGAGACAGCCCCUACGGAGCAGCCGCAGCCCGCACCAAUUCUGCAGGAAGAGGCGUCCGCAGCGGUGGCCAAUGCCGCCGACCCCGGUGAGGGAGGGGAGCAAACGGGAAAAAGCGAGGAGUCGCCAAUAGAACUAGACGAGGGCGCCACAAUUCCUUCUGCUCCGGAGGAGGCCGCGGAAACAACAGUGGCAACGGCGACACGGAUAACAAAUUGCGAGCCACCGACGGACACGGAAGAGAAAACGACGGGGGUUGCGGCUUCAGCGGUGCAGGCAGCGACUUGUGAGAAAAAAGGUGGAACUGUCUUUUACCUCCGCGGCGGCGUUAUUGGAAAGGACCCGCGUAAGCUCGGUCCUGCGGCUGCGCCAAAGAGCAAGACGACAACGACAACGACGACGACGACGGUGCCGGCAAAGCCAGAGGCGGAACCGCGGUUAGGCAAGGCAAAGACCGACGUGCGGAAGGUGAAUUUGUCGGAGGCCCCAAUGUAUAACCCGCGACGGUGGGACGAAAUUGACACGCGUCUCAGCAUCGUCCUCAACACCCAUUUUGUCAAGUUCCCGUAUUCGCAAAUUCGAUUCCGUCGGCUGUCGGCAAACCCAGGGGAGUACGUGGUGUAUCACCGCCUUACCGGGCAUAAACAAUUGCUCCUGGCCCGCAUCCUGCAGGGACGUUUGAUGAUCCGGCAGUCCAGCCGCAUCACGAGCGGUGCGUCCAACUGGGAAGAGCUGCGGCCCUGGUUGACACGCUACGAAGAAGAGUCUCAACGUUAA